AAGGUCGGAGAGGGGCCAGCUGGGAGCUAUUGAGGCCACCCCGGUGGCACCAGAGCCCUCUCAGGCAGGCAGACCCAGGGCCUCCCCACCACACUUUGUUCAUGGAUUUUGUCGCUGGAGCCAUUGGAGGCGUCUGCGGUGUUGCUGUGGGCUACCCCCUGGACACGGUGAAGGUCAGGAUCCAGACGGAGCCAAAGUACACAGGCAUCUGGCACUGUAUCCGGGAUACGUAUCACCGAGAGCGCGUGUGGGGCUUCUACCGGGGCCUCUCGCUGCCCGUCUGCACAGUGUCCCUGGUCUCCUCUGUGUCUUUUGGCACCUACUGCCACUGCCUGGCACACAUCUGCCGGCUCCGGUACGGCAGCCCCGACGCCAAGCCCACCAAGGCUGACAUCACGCUCUCAGGAUGUGCCUCUGGCCUCGUUCGCGUGAGUAGGGGCAGCCGGGGUGGGAAGGCCCAAGGGAGACUCGGGGGGUCUGAGAGGUUAUCCACCCUGGCAGGUGGAGAAACAGAGGCUCGAUGAGGGCAGACACUGGAGGCCACACAUGGAGCCUGGGGCUGUGGGAGAGGAGCUGGCAUCCCGCCCAGGCUGCACACAGAUGAGGGGUCGCUGCUGUCCUGCCCAGCACACUGCCUGGCCACCGUGGCCCGUGAGGAGGGGCUGCGCGGCCUCUACAAGGGCAGCUCGGCCCUGCUCUUGCGGGACGGCCACUCCUUUGCCACCGCCGUCCUCUGCGAGUGCCUCAGCCCCGCUGGCCACAGCCACCCAGAUGUCUUGGGUGUGCUGGUGGCCGGGGGCUGUGCAGGGGUCCUGGCCUGGGCUGUGGCCACCCCCAUGGAUGUGAUCAAGUCGAGACUGCAGGCUGAUGGGCAGGGCCAGCGGCGCUACCGGGGCCUCCUGCACUGCGUGGUGACCAGCGUGCGCGAGGAGGGGCCCCGGGUCCUCUUCAAGGGGCUGCUGAUCAACUGUGGCCGCGCCUUUCCCGUCAACAUGGUGGUCUUUGUCGCCUAUGAAGCGGUGCUGAGGCUCACCCGAGGUCUGCUCACAUAGCUGGUCCCCACGCCCAGAGGCCCACCUUCUGGCAGCUGCCAGAGGUCAUAGUGGCUGGAGGAGGCCAGAGGGCGCGUGGCUGGGGUCAGGACCCCACAAGGCCAUUGCCCAGGACAACGGGGAGCCUCCCUGUAGUGCGUUGGCCGAGGCCUGAGCGUGGCCUGCCCAGCUACUGACCUCAGGUCAAGGGGCCCCCCAGCCAUCAGCCCAGGGUUGGCCUGCGGUGGCAGGAGCUGGGGAGGAGUGGGCCCCUUUGAUGAGGGCGUGUGUCUCAUGGAGUCAGUUGUUCAUUCCAGCUUCCCCAUUGCCCCCGUCUCCCAUAUCUUUGGAGCACCCCUCCAGGGAGUCAGGUGUGCGCUCAGCCAUCCUCUGCCCUGUUCCCAGACCCUCGCCCACACUGCUAUUCCUGUGUCUUCAUGAACCAUCCCUUGUAGGCAGGGGCUUCCCACAGGCUGGGGGCCUCAGGGUGGGGAGCAGGAGCUGGGCUGGCACCACGACUGAGGGCUCCAGGCCCAGCUCGUUCCCUGCAGCAGGCUACUCCAGGGGGGCACUGCUGGGGCUGCCAUGCCCACCUGGCAGGUGCCUGGGGUGGCCAUCCUCGCCUGGUUAGGGAAUUUGGGGUGAGGUUCCUCAGGAGCCCUCACUCUGCCUGUGGAUGCUGCACCUGCCACUUAAAGACCCCGAAGACUGUUGGGAAUUGUUGUCAAUAAAAUGUUUCUGAGGAUGUUCA